CUGCGAGUGAGUUUUUUCUGUGUGAUUUACUACUGAAGCGUGAAGAUUCAAGCUAUACCUGGGGAGCAAAACAGAAUCGCUUAGAGUGGAAGAUCCCGUUCGCACACGGGCACAGAACACACCAGCAGCAGUUAAGCUUUGGCUUCGUACGGAUCGCGUUUACAGCAGCACGGAACCACCCGGGAGCACGUGUCUAGUCGAAGCAACACGUCGAAGAAGAAGAAGAAGCUGAAGGAGUAAAAUUGCAAGGCCGAAGUUCAAUGCAUUGUCCUACUAUGACGAUAUGGAGCCUGCUGGGAUGUCUGGCUUUCCUUAUGGGGACUGCCUGGGCGGCGUAUGAAAGACCUCCAUACGUACUGCCCUGUCGGCGAAAUGACCCGGAGAUUAACAAGUGUAUUAAAAACUCGUUCAACUACAUCCGUCCGUACAUCUCGCGUGGGUUGACGGAGCUACGGACACCCCCGCUGGAACCGCUACGGAUCGAGGAGCUUGCCAUGGAGAACAAUGCCGGUGCAGUGCGUAUCAAGGCCCUUUUCACCGACAUUGUUGCCAACGGGGCCGGAAACUACACGAUCAAGGACGUACGCAGUGACGUGAAAAAGCUUCGCAUCGAUAUGAGUCUGGGAAUUCCGCGGGUCGAAACCCGUGGAAAGUACGAAAUCAUCGGAAACGUCCUGCUGCUGCCGGUUCGCUCCAACGGCGAGUUCUGGACUGAGUUUAGUGACAUCAGCGCAAUCGCUAAAAUCUUCGGAAAACCAAUUGAGCGUGAUGGUGAAAUGUUCAUGAGCGUUGAUAAGAUGCUGGUGGAUUUCACGAUGAAAAAUGCCCGCUUCAAGGUGAAGGAUCAUGUCAACACCCAGAGCGUGCUAGGCGAAGCCAUCAAUCAGUUCCUGAAUCAGAACGCCAACGAGUUGAUCCAGGAAAUGAGACCGGCUGCCUCCCAGAGUAUCGCCAAGCUGUUCCGCAAAUUCCUGAACGACGCCUUCAGCAACAUCCCGAUGCGGUUGUGGUUGCUGGAAGAGUAAAAAGUGUUGAUCACUUUUCUUUUUUGAGAGUGCGUGCUGUGAGAGUGUAAAUGCAGUGUUGCAGUAUAAUGUUAUGUUAAGUGCAUUGACCUAGCCGCUAAGUGAUACGUUAACCUGUAAGAUUUGAACUACUUCAGCGAAGAUAUAAAGCAAAUGUUUGGAGUACUUCUCGUAGGACAAAAAAAGUCAGUGCUUUUGCGCGUAUUUGAGGUUAGAAAUUGUAUUUUUUUGGUUGCUAAAGAGGAACGUUUUUAAAUGUUGAACAUUUUGUUCUAAACUUUGUCAGCAUUUUUUUAAUGUCACCUUUUAAUAAACUCAUGACAUUUAAUAAAGAUAAUAUCAAAUGAAAUCCAAUAUAAUGCUUAAACAAUGUUUGGGAAAAGCAUUUAGAAAAAAAAUUAAACGGUUAAAUAUUAACCGUACGAACUUUCAGGAAAUACACGUUAAAAUCCUUCGUCUUGCAAUCAAAGAAAGUCAAAAAAUGACCUCAAAUAUUCAAUACCAUGAGCAAUUUAUAAAGUUCUUCUAGAAUUCGUUUUUUUUUUUUCAAUUAUACUGCCUUAUGAAGUUUGAUGUUCAGUUUUCAUAAUCUUAAGACCUUCUCAUAGUUGUUGCAAUCUCAAAACGCCGCAUCCAAAAAAGCGGAGGAGAAUGCCUAUUUAAAUUCUCCCAGGUACGGAUGCUAAUUGAGAGACUCAAAAUAUUUCAAAAUUCCAAUCAACUGACGCAAGUUAUUUAUUAAAAUCCUUGUACAGUGCUACUUCAAAGUUCUUAGGCACAAAUCGCUCUUCGGAAGCAAACGCUCCGCAGCUUCGGAAACGAAGUCAACUUGACAGGUAUGGGAGGAAAGCAUCCCUUUACAACGUACAAAAGACAUCUGAAUGUGAGUUAGAAUCAGCUAGCAUGUAAGGUUCAUUCGAUUGUAAAUACGAACAAAGUAUUGUUACGUUUAGUUUUGUACGCAAUAGUAAAAAAAUAUUAUGAAAAAAUAA